GUUUUUGUAAAGGAUCUCAUUUUCACUCAUAAAGGACUGCAAAUGGGUGGAGAGCAUUUGAAUACUUUUAACUGUUGAAAGAAAAUAAAUCGAAGCCUUUAAGUAUGGAGAUAACUGCUGAUUAAAGUGCCAAAAUAAAAGUUGUCUGAAGAAAAAGCUGAAGAAAUUUUGUCAUGUCUCGUGACAACAAAGUGAAAUGCUCAAAAACAACCCAUUACAGCCUAAGUCUAACAGUCUCCAGUGCAAUCCCACUGUUAUCACUGCUACUUGAGUUACCAGCAUGACUACUGCUGAAGAUAAGAUAAAACUUUAAUGACCUCUGUGGAAAACCGGGGUUUUAAAUCUGACAACGACCAGGCAAAGAGAGAAAGAGUUCAAAGAGACAGAGUAAUGUCAUUAAUAGUCCUCUUUUGGCAGCUCAUGUGGUAUAAACAGAAAGGAGAAGUGCUUAUGUCAGUGUGUUUGACGCUUAGUCAACCAUGAUGUUUUCCUGAGUGUGUCAUCUUCCUCUGGCUUCUUUUAUACUUCCCACAUUGAACACAAGCAGGGUCAUGCAUCGUUUUUAUUUUCUGCACAUUAAUUUUUAAACCUGUCCUCUUUCAGGUGACAACUGAUAUCACUUUGUUCACUCAGAGACUAUUAUGUGUGUAAUUACAGCACACGAGACAGAUUCUUUUUCCUGGUGAGCUCAUUGCGUACCACAAGAAUCCGAGUCCAGAUGUAGACAAGACUAGUAUUGAUUUCCUUCCUUCUUUUCAAAAAGGGAAGUUUUUCCUCUGGCUCUCGUUUCCAUCAGUCUUGGCGUGUGUACGGGGAGAAUUUCAUCUUUUCUUCACUUCAGGUUAUCAGAACACACAAGCCUACACAUAUGCGUGGUCUUGGGUAUUUUUUCCUCUUAGUGCUGACACAAGGUAAGUCAAUAUUCUGCACUUUUUGUUUUCUUAUAUUUGUGGAGUGUGUGUAGGUGUUAGAGUGGUUAUGUGUGUAGACGAGGCUGGAUGCAUUUGCAACUUUUGUAUUUCAGAGUAAUAUCCGCAGUCUGUUUCACAUCACCCAGUUGAUCUAAGUCAUUGAUGUCCUUUGCAGUGUCUUCCAGCACAGACAAAGUCAUAGGCCUCCUCGGGGACAAUGUCACUCUUCCCUGUUCGUAUGACACCCAGACUCAUGGCAUCCUCAGCUUCUGUUGGGGACAAGAUAAGGUGCCCCGGUCAAAAUGCUCCAACACUAUCCUCUCCUCACAAGAUGGGGCUGUGGACCUCAGAGAGUCCCCCAGGUACCAGCUGCUGGGCAGGACAAUGGAUGGAGACGUGUCUCUUACCAUCCUGAACAUUCAGUGGAGUGAUGCUGGUGUGUAUGGCUGCCGGGUGGAGAUCCCUGGGUGGUUUAAUGACCACAAGGUCAACACACACUUGGUCAUAGAGGAAGGUAAAGCUCCUAAAUUUAUUCUAGAGUGACCAUGAAUCCUUCAAAAAAGCUUUAAGAUUUUAUUUUUUAUUGUAGCACCUGAAGAACAACCUGUUACAGAGGACUGGGCGUUCACGGCUGUUGGCACACAUGGUGGGAACAAAAUGAUGUGAAAAAAAUGGUGUUAAAACUCCUGAUGUUGAUCAGAAGUGCGUCUUCACUAUUUGCAAAUUCAAGUCUGGAAAAGUGUUUCAUUUUGAAUAACUCUGUUUAAAUCUUCACAGAAACAUUAUCAACAUCCACGUCUACAAAUGAAAAAACUGGAGACCCAAAAUUUGACAGAGUUGUGGUCGCAACAACCGAGGUAUGGUUUUAUUUUAUUUCACUUUUUUAUACUCCAGGAAUCAAAUGCAGAAAUCCCUCCUUUUUCUUUGUAGUCAAAUAGAAAAAUGUGCUGUUUGGUUUGAUUAACACACACGUACUCUUUAUUCCUAUCCAGUCUCAUUUAAUCAUUACUACUGUCUUACAGAUACUUAAUGGCAAUUUUAUUCAUAGAAUUAAUGAGAAAAUCUAACAGCCCUGAGUGUGUGUCUUUCACAUUUAUUUUUCAUUGAAUACAGAAGAAUUCAGUUUUUUGCUCCUUGCAUAUGUAUGUGUGCGUGUCUGGAUUAGAGAUGAGAAAACUGUAAAAAAAGAUAAAUCCAACUUUUGGUUUUACGUUGUGUUUUUGCUGCAGUGGAUACUUCCGGCUCAUUUCUCAAACUGCUCUAAUUAUAAAUCUUCCUCACAAUACUGAGUUUCAUUGCAGGAAGGAUUCAAAGCCUUCCUGGGAGUGGGGAACAUUGGCCGGGGUGCAGCUAUUUUCUUCCUCACCAUAAUCAUAAUCCUCGUCUUUAUUUUCCGUAAGUGUGAAACGGAUUAUAGUUUGUGACUCAUGUGCCAUUCAGAUUAAUUUUACACAUUGAAAGUGGGCGUCUAUUGAACAGCAGAAGUCACAUAGAGGGUGUUUUUCUUUCCUGAUGGACAGAGAAUAUCUUUUAAUGUUUUCAAAAUGUCUUCAAACAGGAAGAGAAUUGCUGGCGAGGAGGGCACUGGAACAUUUCAGCAUCUCAGCAGCUGAAAACAUUUAUGAAAGUGUACCCUACAAGGCCUGAGUGAUGGGCAUUGUUAUGACAACAAGGGAGUCUUCAGAUGUCUCUAAAGAAAUGCUUGUUGAAUGUGUUUGCUUGUUGUAAGCUGACUUCAUCCAUCUCCUCCGCUUAAGGAGAAAAACCUCUAAACUCCUAUCUGCUCUGAUGUCUCACUGUUCUCGUGUUUCUAAUGUGUUUCACAUGAGGCUGAGAAGAUACAAAAAUAUCCUGUGGAUUUAUCAAUUUGCUCUUAAUUUUCUUUCUGUUUUUUUUUAUAGCAAGUGGCCCAUAAAGUGUGUGUGGAUGGUUUAUACUUGUGGACACAAUGCCACCUACUGGACUCAGUGCACUAUGUGAAAAAAUGAGAUAAUCUAACCUGAACAAAAUGUGUGAAUGCUGUUUGUUGGCUGAAGAUGGACAGAGAAGGAGGACAGUGUGGGAGUGAUGCUGUAAAUAUUCUGGAUGUAACAUUUGAACUGUUUAAAGAAUCGAGCCAAACAAAGAAUAAAAGAAACGUAAGAGAAAAUAACAUUUCAAGAGUCUCUGUUUCUUUUAUAAAAAUGAAACAGACAUGCUGUGCAUUGAUCUAAAUUUCAACCUUUAUUUUUUACAUUUCAAG